AGCUGAUCGCGGAGAAGCCACUUCUGCCAGCCCCGGCGCCUAUAAAUCGCAUUCCCUCCCGCGCCCCCCUUUUUAGCAUAUUUGAUCACUUUGAUUCUGCUCUUUUCUCUCCGCGGUGUGUGCGUGCGUGCGCGCGUGUGUGUUUUCUUCUCCUCCUCCUCCUCUGCCGGAGUUGCCUCCUUUCUCCGGGUGCCGCGCUGCUCUUCCCUCUUUCAUUCUUUCUCUCCGUUUCUCCCCCCCUCUGCGCACGAAGGAUGCGCUUCUAGGUGCUGAUCUGCCCUCCUUUCUCUCUUAUCAUCUCUCCCCCGCCGCCGGCGAGUUGACUCUUUCCCUAUGUGUGUGAGGCGGCGGCGGCAGCAGCAGCAGCGGCGGCUCCACCGGCGGCGGCAGCAGCGGCAGCAGCAGCAGCGACUCCACCGGCGGAGGCGGCGCUAGACGCAGCGGCUCCGGGCCCGACCCGGAGGCUUCGGCGGCGGCGGGCGGCGGCAGCGGCCAGGGCGGCCCGCGGGGAGCGGCGAGCGGCCUCCGAGAGCGGCGGCAGCAGCGGCGUCCGGAGCGAGCGCGGCGCGCGCCAGGCGCCCGGGGCAGGAGGCGGCGGCGGCGGCCCAGCGCCAGGACGACGCCGCGCAGCGCCGGACGCGGACCACUUUCAUGCUGAUUCCCCCGGACCCGGGCAGAGCUCCGGCCACUCCGCGGGCCGCCGGCCUCAGCCCCGGCCUGCCUGGCUCCCAGGGCGCGCCCGUGCCCGGCGCCUCCGCUCUCCUAGUCCUCCUGAUUUCGAUGGCUUUCCUGAAUGGCUGACUGUGGGCUGCCCUGGACUUGGCCCCCGGACAGUCGCCUCUCCUUCUCCUCUUCCUCCUCCUCCUCUUCCUCCUCCUCCUCCUUCUCCUCCUCUAACUCCUUCGCUGCACACUAGAUCUGAGAGCGAGAGAGUGAACGAGAGAGGGAGAGAGGGAGGGAGAGUGAGAGCGAGCGAGAUCUUUAGAUUUUUUUUUUUUUUUUUUGCCUCUUACUUCUGUCUUGAAGCCAGACAAUCGACUUGCAGCUCUCCCUCCCCUCCCUCUCUCCACGCUCUGCUCCCACUCUCUUUCCCCUGUCCCCUUGCCCUCCCUUCUUGACGGAAAGCCCCCUCGAAACCAACAAAGCUGAGCCGAGGGAAACAAACAAAACAAACACACCGGGCCAGACAAGCAAUCGACAAAACUUUGCAAAAGCAAAAACAAAAAACAAAAAAGGAAAAACUAACCAACCUCAAAUCAACUAGCCCUGAGAAACCCGGGGCGCCCUCCCGCGCCCUCUCGCACCCUCGCACACACAAAAGGCGGCGCGCCGGAGCCCGAGACCCGGGAGCCGCCGCCACCCCGCCGCCGCCCGCAGCCAGGGGAGCAGAAGUCCGGACGCGGCCCCCAUAGAUAUGGCAAUGGUAGUCAGCACGUGGCGCGACCCCCAGGACGAGGUGCCCGGUUCUCAGGGCAGCCAGGCCUCGCAGGCGCCGCCCGUGCCGGGCCCGCCGCCUGGCGCCCCGCACACGCCACAGACGCCGGGCCAAGGGGGCCCGGCCAGCACGCCGGCCCAGACAGCGGCUGGUGGCCAGGGCGGCCCUGGCGGCCCCGGCAGCGACAAGCAGCAGCAGCAGCAGCACAUCGAGUGCGUGGUGUGCGGGGACAAGUCGAGCGGCAAGCACUACGGCCAGUUCACGUGCGAGGGCUGCAAGAGCUUCUUCAAGCGCAGCGUGCGGAGGAACCUGAGCUACACGUGUCGCGCCAACCGGAACUGUCCCAUCGACCAGCACCACCGCAACCAGUGCCAGUACUGCCGCCUCAAAAAGUGCCUCAAAGUGGGCAUGAGACGGGAAGCUGUUCAGAGGGGCAGGAUGCCGCCCACCCAGCCUACCCACGGGCAGUUCGCGCUGACCAACGGGGACCCCCUCAACUGCCACUCGUACCUGUCCGGAUAUAUUUCCCUGCUGCUGCGCGCAGAGCCCUACCCCACGUCGCGUUUCGGCAGUCAGUGCAUGCAGCCUAACAACAUCAUGGGCAUCGAGAACAUUUGCGAACUGGCCGCACGGAUGCUCUUCAGCGCCGUUGAGUGGGCCCGAAACAUCCCCUUCUUCCCAGACCUGCAGAUCACGGACCAGGUGGCCCUCCUUCGCCUCACCUGGAGCGAGCUGUUCGUGUUGAAUGCAGCACAGUGCUCCAUGCCCCUCCAUGUCGCCCCGCUCCUUGCCGCUGCUGGCCUGCACGCUUCACCCAUGUCAGCCGACCGGGUGGUCGCCUUUAUGGACCACAUACGGAUCUUCCAAGAGCAAGUGGAGAAACUCAAGGCACUGCACGUCGACUCCGCGGAGUACAGCUGCCUCAAGGCCAUAGUCCUGUUCACCUCAGAUGCCUGUGGUCUGUCUGAUGUAGCCCAUGUGGAAAGCUUGCAGGAAAAGUCCCAGUGUGCUUUGGAAGAGUACGUUAGAAGCCAGUACCCCAACCAGCCCACACGGUUCGGGAAGCUUUUGCUUCGCCUCCCUUCCCUCCGCACGGUCUCCUCCUCAGUCAUAGAGCAAUUGUUUUUCGUCCGUUUGGUAGGUAAAACCCCCAUCGAAACCCUCAUCCGGGAUAUGUUACUGUCCGGCAGCAGUUUUAACUGGCCAUAUAUGGCAAUUCAAUAAAUAAAUAAAUCAAAAUAAGGGGGAGCGAAACAGAGAAAGAAAAAGGCAAAAGACUGAUUUUGUUUGCUUAAUUUCCUUCUGUUAAGAAAGGAUGUUACAAGUUUGCUAAAAGAAGAGAGGGGAAGAAUUUAAUGGACUGUGAAUUUCAAAAAGAGAGAGAGAGAGAAAGAGACUGCCAAAUGAACUUUUACAGAAUGCAUUAAAAAAAAAAAGAAAAAGAAAACAACUCCUGUGUUGGGCAGAACAACAUGCUACUUAUCAUUUUUGUAUAAAAAAGAAAUUAGUCUUUUUUUCUUUUUGGUAAAUUUUUGAAAAAUAUUGCUAAAAGUGCAUUUAAGGAGAUUGGGAGAAAAUUAGCAGAAUGGACAAAGUAAGUCAUUUUUUUUCCAAAUUAUUAAUUGUCCUGUGUCUAUGUACCUCUAGCUGUUCUUUUUUUUUUUUUUUUUUUUUUAACUUUUCUGGUUCCAAACCAGUUUAUUCUGUGGUUCUAUAAUAAGUUUUGAUAUAAUCUUGGCUUCUUAAAAACUGUGUAUCAUUAAAAUAUAUGUUCUGCAAGAAUUAAAACUGAGUCCAUGAAAAUAGCAUAGGAAGACAUAAAACUUUAAAAAGCAACGCAGAGAUGGUGAAAACGCACUUACAAGUGGUGGCCAAAAUUUUUUAGGUGAAGUUGAGCACUCUCAUUAGCAAGCUGGAGGAAUCACAUCAACACUUAGCUUCCCUACCCCUACCCCAUACCACGACAAACCUAGCUUUUUAAAAAAAAAAAAAUAUUUUAAGAAAGAGAAGGAACUGUGGCAUUUAUUGGCAGCCAAGGAAUGUGUCCAAGACACAAGCUGAGGUUUUGAAUAAAAAGUGAACUUUUGUAAUUUGAAUUGGGUCCCCACCCCCCUUAGUUCUUGAAUUGUUAUGAAUCCUAUAUCUGUUUGUAUAUUUGCAAGCCCUUUGUAUUAUAAUUGUUGAUAUUUCCCCUUUUUAAAAAAUACCAUUGAAAUCAGCAUGACAAAAUAACACUGUUGGCACUUAUAGGUAACGUGAUUGAUUCAGUAUCUUAGAGUUUACAGUUUGUGUUUUUAAAAAACUGAAGGUUUUUUUUUUUUAAGUGCAACAUUUCUGUAUACUGUAAAAGUUAUAAUAACUGAACUGUUUGGUCGAGUCUUUGUGUGUUAUAUUCCAAGGAAAAUUGAAAGUAUUCAGAAAUUAAAAUAUUAUUUGAUAUCUGAAAUCUGCUUGGCUGUCCCCACUCACUGUCUUUCCAUCGAGGUGAACCCCUGUGAGUUCUCUCUGAACCAGCGGGGGUCCCAUUUGUCCACUCCCUCAGUCAGUUGGUUCAAAGGUAGACUAGUGUAUUUGACUGUUUAAUUUGGGUGUGUGUGGGGGGGGAGCUGAAGUUAAUGGUUUAUCUAUGGUUUAGGAAGUGCCACACUGAUAUAGUAAAGCCACCCCCAUUCACCUAAUCCUCCUUUUAAUUAAAAAUGGAUUUUCCAGGAAAAAAAAAAGGCCCUUAUAUUUGUCACACUUAAGUGCCUGCUUAGGGAAGGUAUUGUGAAAAGUAUUAGAAAUCUUGAGAUCAGUAUCUAUUUUAUGAUCAGAAAAAAAUGCUCUUUUGUACAUUUCUGACAGUUAUGCAGAGGACUGUUCAAGCAAGCUAAUCACAGAACUGUAAAUAGAGGGCAGUUGUUUGCAAUGAGUUUUUCCUUAAGUAAGUGUGAUUUUUUUUCUUUUUUUAAAUAUCCUGUGGUUCUCAUCUAGUGUGGCUGUUGAGAGGGUUUUGAAUAUAGUGAUGUAGCUACUAGUGAUGAAGGGUCUGUUUUCUUGUAUAUACAUGAUAACCUGCAGUUGCCCUGCCUUUCCCCUCCCCCUCCCUCUUUAGUCUGAGAGCUUGGCCACAGGUCAAGGGAAUCUUUACUAUUGGAGUUGUGUACAUUAAAAAAAAACAUGAACAUUUGGACAUUUCAGAUUGUAGAAAAGCAAUCUACACUGCUCUGGGAUCCUUUGAUCUUAGAAACCAAUUUUUGAGAGAGAGAGAGAGAGAGAGAGAGAGAGAGAGAGAGAGAGAGA